CCUCGAUAAACCUCGAACGCAGCAACAAACCAACAAUUUCCACCUCGAAUAUCUCAGCUCUGAUCUAUCUAUACGCUUAUCUACCAGCUAUUUACCAUUUAUUUGCUACCUUUCUGGCUAAAUCUCCUUUAUAUAGCCACAAUGGCACCACUCACCACCAAACCCGCAGCCCGCCUCGUCCGAUGCAACCUCCCAAUAUAUGAUUUCCUUACCCCACGAUUCUCCCAAGCAACCCGCACACGAGCUCUCCACACAUCGCCUCGAGACCGCGCCGCCGCAGCUGCUGCAGCUGCACCUUCCCCCAACACCUCUCCCUCGCCCCCCACCGACAGCGCAGCCACCUCGCCCGCCGCAGGAGCUUCCAAGCCCUCCAAACCCCUAACCCAAGCCCAACGAGACUUCCUCUCCAGCGCCCUCCGCGUCAACCAAGCCGGCGAGCUCGCCGCAACCCUAAUCUACCGCGCCCAAACCCCUCCCAUCGUCGCCUCCCACCCCCACCUCCGGCCAUUAAUGAAACACAUGUACGACCAAGAAGCCGCCCACUUCUCCACCUUCAACGCCCUCCUCGCCAAGCACCGCGUGCGCCCUACCGCUCUCUACCCCGUCUGGGUGGCCGCCGCCACAGCCCUAGGGUGGGGCACCGCGUUCCUAGGCCGCGAAGCAGCGAUGGCGUGUACGGAGGCGGUGGAGACGGAGAUAGGGGGGCAUUAUAAUGAGCAGGUUGCUACGCUGCUGGAGAUGGUUGAGGGGAUGGAGGAGGAGGGGGUGGAGGUGGGGGGGGAGUUGAGGGGGUUGGUGGGGGAGAUUAGGAGGAUUAGGGAUGAGGAGUUGGAGCAUUUGGAUCAUGCGGUGGAGAAUGAUGCGAAGUUGGCGGUGCCGCAUGAGUUGUUGACGGGGGUUAUUAGGUUGGGGUGUCGAGGGGCGAUUUGGGUUAGUGAGAGGGUGUGAGGAGGUUGGGGGUGGGUGUGUAUGUUGUAUAGAAAGAAGAGGUACGAAUAUGUAUAACUGUCAUAUUAUGUAAUUAGUUGUAUUCCAAGAGAGGAC